AUGCUUCCGAAGAAGAAAAGAACGCCCUGCGCAUGUACUAUUGAAGACCUGGACCUCGCUCUACUCGCUGCUUUUGAGGAAGCAUACGAUAUAUGUGUCAUGUCUGCUCGUGCAAACGCGACAGUAAAGAAGAGGGCAGAUCGUAUGCAAUACUUGCUUGGCGAAGGCCAUAUCGACAUAAACAAGAUAAGUGCUGCAUCAGUUGCCUCAGCUUUCCUCGGACCGUCCCCUAAAGACCUCGCUGCAAUGGUUCUAUGGUGUCUUGGUCAUGGAGCCGUUGUUGACGAAACAGAUGAGAUAUUGCUAGCAGAUGUUGCGUCUUUUGGUAGUCCUGACACUUCCAAGCUCUUGCGUGAGCAUAGUGCUCCAAUCAGCGAGUCGACUCUGAACAACGCCGCCUGGCGUGCCAGACCUGAAAUGGUCACCUUUCUUGUAGAUAAAAUGGGUCUGGAUAUUAACAAGAUAUACACUGGACGCCAUGAGCCGAUGCUGAGAAAUCAGACACCGAUUCGCUCUGCGACAAUCUCUCCAUUCAGAGAUGCCGGGAAAGUCAUUGAGAUCCUGCUCGAGCGAGGAGCUGACCCUUACCACAAGGAUUGUAACGCUUCCAGCAUGGCAGAGAGCGAUCUGACCAUUGGCGUGCUCCUUGGUUGGGAAUGGAGACAGAAAGAGAAGGAUCUGGAAGGACCAAGAACAAAGAAGCGAAAGACUGGCAAUGCUUAUUCGACAAUCUGUAAGAAAAGUGGCUAG